GAAGAAGAACGAAGUGAAGGAAAAAGCUGUAUAUGACGGUUGUGUUAUUUCGAGUACUGCAUAUUGUUACUUCAGUUUAAUUGUAGAGUUCUGUUUCGCCUUUUUAGCCAGUUACAGACUUUAGCGCCGCUUUGUAACACCCCAGGAUUCGCCACUUUAUUUUUUUCAGUUCUGUCCGGCUCUUGCUAGCUUAGCCACUUUGUGUCAACAGCCUGAGUCAAAAUGAAGCCGCCUCCUCGUACUCGAGCUAAACCACGUCCCAGGACUGAAUUAGGACCGCAGCGUCCAGGUAAACGGACCUCUAAGUGGCUGCGAGCGGAACAGAAGAAACUCCUAAAUGGUCUGCAAAGACUCAAGACUAAAGGAGCAGGAAGAGACAUAGACUGCGCUUACCUGAGAAGAUUUGUGACUACUCGGUCCAUUUCAGAGAUCCAGUCUGUGGUGGAACUUCUAAAGAACAGAGUGAUCACUACUGCCAGCAACAUACUGCAGAAGAAAAAGUUGGAGGAGAAGAAGGUUAAAAAGCCCAUUGAGGAAUGGGCAGAAAUGGCUUCUGCUCUGGCCGGAAAUCUUGAAGAAACCAUUUCUUCAGCUUUCUGUCAGAUGCUGAUAGUGUCAUCCACAGAGCCUCGCACUCUGAGGAACUGUGACCCUCCUCAGGUCCACAGACCACCCUCAGAUUCCAAACCCAUCGGUCGCACUGUCCCUUUGAGACCAAUGCCUCGUCAGCCAUUCAAAGUCCCCCACCCACCCCCCUCAGGUGAGCAUCCUGCCUCCAACACGUCCCGUCCACUCGGCCUGUUGAAGACUCCAGCGCCAAGCAUGGGCCCAGCUAGAAGACUCCAAACAAAAUCCCAAGUUGUUAGAGUGCCAAAUGGCAAGCAACAGCAACAGCCUUCUCCCAAAGCUGGAAAUCCACCUGCUGCCGCCUCUACCUCUCAGUCUCAGCCUGCAGAGCAAUGUACCACUACCUCCCGCCCCUCUACGUCUUCCAGUUCUCCCACACCCCUCUCUUCCCCAGCCAAUAACUGCACCCGAGUUCUCAGUACUGCAUCAUCUGCUGUCACCCAAACACCCCCACUCUCCACCGCUGCCUCUGUGUUACACAGCAAGUUCGGUCGAACUAGCAAAUUCGCCACAAAAGACAGUCCCAGGACAUUGGGUGUCAAGUGCGUAGUGGACUUUGAGAGGAUAUACCGCUUCCUGAGUGUCGUCGACAAACCCGAAGAGGAAUGUCAACUCACCCCCAUGGAGAGUGCUAUCGUGUUAGACCUGUUGAUGUGUCUCCCAGAACAACUUCCCCAGCUGAACUGCAACAAACUGCGCAAGCACAUGAUCGAGAUGCAUCAGUGUCUCUCCUCCCCUGUUGACUCCAAGAAGGUAAAGGAAAUGUUUCCAAACCUGAAUGAUGGACUCUCUUCUCAGACAGAGGCACAGAGCUCGUCAGACCUCAACAGAACAAACAGUAAUCAGAACACCGCUGUGACUGCUGACAGCGCUGAUGUCUCGGAAGGUGGAAAGGAGAAACUGCAGCAACGGGAAACUGAGAGCCAGGCGUCGGGGAGCAAUAACACAUCCGAGGAUGCAAACAUGAUGGGACUCUGCCCCCCACUUAAUCCUUUUAUGGUGCCACUGAAACUGUUAAUGAAUAGAUAGGUGGAGUUCACAAUUAAAUAUAAAAGUGUGCAAUUUUUUUUUUUAUGGCGAACUUUAGUCACAACAUGUCCGUUCAUGUUCGAUAUUUGAUGCUUAACUGUUUAACUGAUUAAGAAGUAAAGACAAAAUGCUACUUUUGUUACCGGUUGGAACCAAGCAUUGAAUGUCAGCUCAGAUUUUUAUUUAAGUUGUCAAAGUUGUUCAGCUGUUUUUGUUAAGAUAACAAUAAAUUCUUAUGCAUUCAGAA